CAUUCAGAUAAACCGAGACAAGGGAAGAACAUCUUAGUGUAGUUGCACUCUGUGGUUCGGUUGGUAUUUGCUGGAUAAGCAGAUACAUUCAUUGUCUGCAUAUAUUUUAUCAAAAGUUUUUCAAAACCACAUUGUGUUCAGAUUGUCAAAGCAAAAAGCUUUAGGAAGAAUGUGAAUCCUUCUCUGCUGCUAACAGGAUUUUCCAAGAAGAUUAGCAACAAGAUUUUACAGCUUGUGAGCAGGAAGUAACCACCACAUUUUGCCACUCAUGGGCUUGGUGUGAUCUGAGAGGAACAUCCAACCAGUGCAAGUUUACACAGCUUCAUUGGUUCAACAGCUCCUUUCAGCACACUUUUAUGGAGUUUGUGAGAAACAGCAGUGGCUACUGCCCAGCACAACAUAGCAUCUUUGCAGACAAGUAAAUCUAAGCAAGAACCUGCAGACCACCAUUUUGGAUUGACCAUCAAAAGUUUUUUUUAAAAAAAGAAUCCAAGAGAUAACAGACUUGGCCUGUUGAGCAUCUCCACUUGUAUUCUUACUGCUUUGUAAUGCAUCUCCAAAUGGGGUGACUGAACUGUUGAAUGUAGAAGCAUUUGUAGUUUGAAGGAGAGGGAAUAAGAAGAAACAAAGAGGGACUUUAAACAAAAUUUAGAGAAGACUAUUUCAUUCUCUUGCUGCAAUAAGAAACCUACAAUCCUAUGAAGACAGUGCACAUAGAUUAAUUUGGAGAUACUCAGAUCAUUUACAGCCCCUGUACUAACAUUCUUCUGUGCCACUGGUUCCAGUCCCAUGGCCCGCAUGAAUCGACCUGCACCUGUGGAAGUUUCUUACAAACACAUGAGAUUUCUCAUAACCCACAAUCCUACAAAUGCCACAUUGGGUGCAUUUAUAGAGGAACUGCAGAAGUAUGGUGUAACCACUAUUGUGAGAGUAUGUGAUACCACGUAUGAUAAGAGGCCACUGGAGAAUGAGGGUAUUGUAGUAAUAGACUGGCCAUUUGAUGAUGGUGAUCCACCUCCAAGCAAAAUUGUGGAUGAUUGGCUAAAUUUACUUAAAACUAAGUUUACAGAAGAACCUGGAAGCUGUGUAGCAGUCCAUUGUGUUGCUGGCCUUGGGCGGGCUCCUGUACUGGUAGCAGUUGCUCUUAUCGAAUGUGGAAUGAAGUAUGAAGAUGCCAUUCAAUUUAUCAGGCAGAAACGUAGAGGUGCCAUCAACAGCAAACAACUCUCAUACUUGGAAAAGUAUCGGCCAAAGAUGAGACUUCGUUUCAAGGACCCUAAUAAUCACAAGAACAGUUGUGCCAUCGUAUGAACUUGAACACUUUCAGCAAACAAUGGUUUACAGUGAUUUUUAUAUAUAAAAAGAAUAAAAUGCCAUUUGGGUUUCCUGUCUUAAAAUCCAAUCAGAUGUUGUUUCUUCCUCCAUUAGUAACUUGAAUAUUUAUUUAUACUAAAAUCGCCAACUGAAAAGAAGUUUGUUUCUUUAUGAAGGCAUUUUGAUUCUGGUUAAAAGUUCUAAGCAACUCAUCAUUUGAGGUAAUCUUACCAUCUGCAAUUUUAUGUCUCUUUCUUCCUUUAAAAAGAUAUCCUGAUUGUUUCAUCUAUGGCUGGUACUCAAAUGGAAAUUUUCUGUGAUGACCUAAAAAAUAAAGUAUGGGUCCAGGAAAGUAGUUGUAAAUGUGAUGCAAAUUGACUUAAAUAUAAUUGGUACAGUUAUUGUGAUGAAACAUUAUUCUGUGGCCUGAUAAAUUGAGUUGAUGAUUCUUAUAAAGUGCUUCCUUAAGUUUGUUGGACCAAAUGCAGAGGAAUAUUUUGCAUUGAUGGGCCUUUAGUAUUGGUUUAUUAUUGUCACUUGUACCGAGGUACAGUGAAAAGCUUGUCUUACAAACCGAUCGUACAGGUCAAUUCAUUACACGGUGCAGUUACAUUGAGUCAGUACAUUGAUGUAGUACAGGUAAAAACAAUAACAGUACAGAGUAAAGUGUCACAGCUACUGAGAGAGUGCAGUGCAAUAGGUGCAAGGUCCCCUUAAGGCAGUUUCAUUCCUAGGAUUCCACACUUUUGUUUUUAAAACAAUAUCCCAGUACUAGAAUCACUAAUCUGUGUGCUUCUGGUUCCAGCACCAAAUAGCUAUCGCCAAAUUGAUAUUUGGUUCUUCACAAACACAAACUUUCCUGUCCACAUUGAAAGUUGCCAGUAAUUGCGUACUAAUCCUGAACUUAUCUAUAAUAUUCACUCAAUGACUUAACAGAGAGGGUACCGAAUGCUUACCCUAAUUGGGUGUUGAUAGGGAAAGAAGUGAAGCAAGUGAGUUUUGAUAUUGAUUGUGUGAGAAACGAAGUUUUUUUUUAAUAAUUUUUAAUAAUACCUGUUUAUGAAGACUUAAGUUCAACUGAAGUCUCUUGCGUGUCAUAAAACAAAAUGCUAGAAAUAUCCAUAUGAUAAAAGGUCAUUGAUCUAAAAUAUUAACUCUGUUUCUCUGCACAGAUGCUGUCUGACCUGCUGAAUAUUUCCAGUAUCUUCCAUUGUUUUUUUUCCAGAUUUCCAAAACUUGCAGUUUCUUGCUGUUAUCUUAUGGGCAGAUCUUGAACCAAAUUCCCAUAUUUUUUUUGAGUACAAGUUGGUAGGAGUUAACUAAGGGGAUUUUUAAAGUGAAUUAUAAAUUUUGCAGUUGAAUGGGAAGCAUCUAAGUGUGCACUCACACUAUAUGUUUAAUGACAGUGAAGACUUUUUUCAUUUUAAUUCAGCCUAAGUCAAAAUCAGGGUAUAGUGGAGUGUAAACUCCUGGAAGUUGAUGAUUCACUCUGCUGAUCAGAGCUUUACAACCAAGUUAUUUCACAUGUGACUUUGGUGAGAAAGCAAGGCCACUUUGUUACUAAAGCUUUUUCCUCUUCUGUAAUUUAUUUGUAAUUAAAGCUCAAUACUGGAAAUGCUCAGCACAUUGGGCCUUAUCUGUGGAGCAAGAGAUGACUGACCAUUCAAGAGAACAAAUAACAAAUGAUUUGCGAGCUCUAGGAAAUGAUUCAUAAUGAAAUGGAGCAGGCAUUUCAUCUCAUUUUGUGCCUUUGUCAUCUGCUUAAGUUUUUAUAACUUUGAAUUGUUUUUGUACGUGGAGAAAGAAAACCAUAUGAAUGAAAUUCAGUUUUCAUUCAAAGUUCAGCUCAAGCACAACUGCUAGAAACUAAUCUGACCAUGAGAAAGGUAACUAGUUUGUUGCAGUGAAGUCAAUAAUACAACAGUGCAAGUAGUGAAAGUCAACUUAAAGCUGUACAACCUUCUGUUCAUUAAUGACCAGUGUGACUACAGCAUUAGCUGCCUGAAUUUUCCAAAGAAAGUGAUGUGAUCCAGUCAGUUCUUUUACUUUUUUUCCAAGCCCGUUUCUGCUUUCUAUAAAGAUCUUAUUCAAUUUAAUUAAUGGAAGUAACAACCAAUUACAAAACCUAGCUGGUUUGCUGACUUUUCUCUUUGUUAUGAUUGUGUUCUUGGGCUGCAAACCAUGGAACAAUACAGGCCCUUCAGCCCACCAUGUUGUGCCAACCUUUAUACCAUGCCUAAGACUAUCUAACCCCUUCCUUCCACAUAUUCCUCUAUUUUAAAUUCCUCCAUAUGCUUAUCUAACAAUCUCUUGAACGACCAACGUUUGAGCCUCCACCACCACCCCAGGCAGCGCAUUCCAUGCACCAACCACUCUCUGGGUGAAAAACCUCCCUCUGAUAUCUCCCUUGAACUUCCCACCCAUUACCUUAAAGCCAUGCCCUCUUGUAUUGAGCAUUGGUGCCCCAGGAAAGAGGCGCUGGCUAUUCCUCUUAAUAUUUUGUAUACCUCUAUCAUGUCUCCCCUCAUCCUCCUCCUCUCCAAUGACUAAAGCCCUAGCUCCUUUAGUCUCUCCUCAUAAUGCAUACUCUCCAAUCCAGGCAGCAUCCUGGUAAAUCUCCUCUGUACCCUUUCCAAUGCUUCCACAUCCUUCCUAUAAUGAGGCGACCAGAAUUGGACACAGUACUCCAAGUGAGGUCUAACCAGAGUUUUGUAGAGCUGCAGCAUUACCUCGCGGCUCUUAAACUCGAUCCCACGACUUAUGAAAGCUAACAUCCCAUAAGCUUAACUACCCUAUCCACCUGUGAGGCAAGUCCCAGUGAUCUGUAGAUAUGAACCCCCAGAUCCCUCUGCUCCUCCACACUACCCAGAAUCCUACCGUUAACCCUGUACUCCACCUUGGAGUUAGUCCUUCCAAAGUGUACCACCUCACACUUCUCUGCAUUGAACUCCAUCUGCCACUUCUCAGCCCAGCUCUGCAUCCUAUCAAUAUCCCUUUGCAAGCUUUGACAGUCCUCCACACUAUCCACAACACCACCGACCUUUGUGUCGUCUGCAAACUUGCUAACCCACCCUUCCACCCCCUCAUCCAAGUCAUUAAUAAAUAUCACGAAGUAGAGGUCCCAGAACUGAACCCUGUGGGACACCAUUAGUUACAGCCCUCCAAUCUGAAUGCACUCCCUCCACCACAACCCUCUGCUUUCUACAGCCAAGCCUCCCUGGAUCCCUUGCCCUCUGACCUUCUGAAGAAGCCUACCAUGUGGAACCUUGUCAAACGCCUGACUAAAAUCCAUGUAGACCACAUCUACUGCACUACCCUCAUCAAUCUUCCAGAUCACCUCCUCAAAGAACCCCAUCAGGCUUGUGAGGCAAGAUCUUCCCUUCACAAAGCCUUGCUGGCUGUCCCUAAUUAGUCCAUGAUUCUCUAAAUGCUCAUAGAUCCUAUCUCUUAGAAUCCUUUCUAACAGCUUGCCCACCACAGACGUAAGGCUCAUUGGUCUGUAAUUCCCCAAACUAUCCCUACUACCUUUUUUUGAAUAAGGGGACAACAUUUGCUGCCCUCCAAUCCUCCGGUACCAUCCCCGUGGACAACGAGGACUCAAAAAUCCUAGCCAAUGGUUCAGCAAUCUCCUCCCUCGACUUGCGAAGCAGCCUGGGGAAUAUUCUGUCAGGCUCCGGGGACUUAUCUGUCCUAAUAUUUUCUAACAGCUCCAACACAUCCUCUCUUGAUAUCUACAUGCUCUAGAACAUUAGCCUUACCAACACUGUCCUCAGCGUCAUCAAGACCCCUCUCCUUGCUGAAUACUGAAGAGAAGUAUUCAUUGAGAACCUCACCCACUUCCACAACUUCCAGGCACAUCUUCCCACCUUUGUCUCUAAUCGGACCCACCUUUACUCUCGUCAUCCUUCUGUUCUUCACGUAUGAGAAAAAAGCCUUGGGAUUCUCCUUAACCCUACUCACCAAAGCCUUUUCAUGUCCCCUUCUUGCUCUCCUCAGCCCCUUCUUAAGUUCCUUCCUUGCUACUAUAUAUUCCUCACGAGCCCUAUCUGAUCCUUGCUGCUUACACCUUAUGUAUGCUGCCGCCUUCUUCCUAACUAGUUGUUCCACUUCUCUUGUCACCCAUAGUUCCUUCACCCUGCCAUCCUUUCUCUGCCUCACCGGGACAAAUUUAUCCCUAACAUCCUGCAAGAGAUCCCUGAAUAUCGACCACAUCUCCAUAGUACAUUUCCCUUCAAAAAUGCCAUCCCAAUUUACACUCUCUAGUUCUCGCCUUAUAAUUUGCCUUUCCCCAAUUAAAUAUCUUCCUGUCCUCUUUGCUCCUAUCUUUGUCCAUGACAAUGCUAAAGGUUAUGGAGCAGUGGUCGCUGUCCCCCAAAUGCUCACCCACCGAGAGAUCUGUCACUUGACCCAGUUCAUUACCUAAUACUAGAUCUAAUAUGGCAUUCCCUCUAGUCGGCCUGUCAAUAUACUGUGAGAGGAAUCUGUCCUGGACACACUUAACAAACUCUGCCCCAUCUAAACCUUUGGCACUAAGCAGGUGCCAAUCAAUAUUUGGGAAGUUGAAGUUUCCCAUGAUAACAACCCUGUUAUUUUUACAUCUUUCCAAAAUCUACCUCCCAGUCUGCUCCUCAGUAUCCCUGCUGCUACCAGGGGGCCUAUAGAAUACUUCCAGUUAGAGUAACUGCUCCUUUCUUCUUCCUAACUUCCACCCAUACUGACUCUAGAGAGGAUCCUUCUACAUUAUCCACCUUUCUGCAGCUGUAAUAGUAUCCCUGACCAGUAUCGCCUCCUCUUCUCCCCCCUCCCUCCCUAUCCCUUUUAAAACACUAGAAACCAGGAAUAUUCAAUAUCCAUUCCUGCCCUGGUGACAGCCAAGUCUCUGCAAGAGCCACAAUAUCAUAGUCCCAUGUACUUAUCCAAGCUCUCAGUUCAUCACCCUUAUUCCUGAUACUUCUUGCAUUUAAGUAAGUGCACUUUAGCCCAUCCACCUUUCUACUUUUAUACCCUGUACUCUGCUUCUUCUUCCUCAAAACCUCUCUGCCUAUUAGAUCUGACUUUUCCCCAUCCCCUUCUUCCUCUGACCUACCCCUCUGGUUCCCAACCCCCUCGCAAACUAGUUUAAACCCUCCCGAACCACCCUAGCAAACCUGGCUGCAAGGACCCCCUCGGGUUCAGGUGUAACCCGUCCUCUCUGUACAGGACCCACCUUCCCCAGAAGAGAUUCCAAUGAUCCAAAAAUCCAAAACCUUCCCUCCUGCACCAACUUCUCAGCCACACAUUUAUUUGCCAUCUCCUGCUAUUCCUACCUUCACUAUCGUGUGGUACUGGCAGCAAUCCUGAGAUUGCUACCCUUGAGGUCCUGUUCAGCCUUCUGCCUAGCUCCCUAAACUCACUUUUCAGGACCUCAUCUCUCUUCCUACGUAUGUCGUUGGUACCAAAAUGAACCACAACUUCUGGCUGUUCUCCCUCCCGCUCAAGAAUCCUGUGGACCCUAUCAGAGACAUCCCAGACCCUGGCACCUGGGAGGCAACAUACCAUCUGGGAUUCAUGCUCACUCCUAUCUGUUUCUCUGACUAUCGAGUCCCCUAUCACUACUGCCUUCCUCUUCUCCUCCCUUCCCUUCUGAACAGCAGGACCGGUCCCAGUGCCAGAGACUGGACUACUGCUACUUGAUCCUUGCAGGUCAUCCCCCUCAACAGCUUCCAAAGCAGAAAAACCUGUUACUGAGGGGAACAGCCUCUGGGGUCCUUUGCUCUAUCUGCCUGUUCAUUUUCUUUUUCCUUUUCUCUCCCCUGACAGUCACCCUUCUAUCUACUUCCUGGACCCCAGAAGUACCUGCUCUAAGGGGGGGUGAAUGUCUCCCGAUGCACAAUAUCUACAUAACUCUCUCCCUCCCUGAUGCUUCACAGUGUUUGAAGCUGCGACUCCACCUCAUCAAUUCUAAGCCGAAGUUCCUCCAGCCUCAAGCACUUACUGCAGACGUGGUCAUCGUGCACCACAGCAAGGUCCACUAGCUCCCACAUCAAGCAGCUGCAGCGCAUCACCAUGUCCUCCAUCUGAACUAAUUCUUUCCCUACCUAGUUUUAUCCUACUUUAAAAUUUAUUACAGAUAACAGGUAAACCUUACCUUACCUACCAGCUACUCUCCUGCUUCGUCCUGUAGUUAAUGUGUAACAAUAUUAUUGUGGAAGACUUGUGCAAGUUAAAGUUCAAAAUUAUGGGCUUGAAAAUGCAGCCAUGCAAUACUCAUCUUUUAGGCACCAAGCAAUCUUAUAAGCUCCCAAAUCAAUAUUUGUUACAUAUGUACCUGGAGGCUGAACUCCUUAAGUCUUGUAAUGUUGUGACAUUUUAGACAUAAUAUGAAGUAAGAUGUAAUCACAACAUGAUAAAAUAAAUUGGUGCAUCAAUGUACAGCGCCCAUUGAUGGGGGAAUGGAUGCAGGUUCAGUUCUGCACAUUGCUGAGAUCCUCUGAUGCUUGUUCUUUUUCUGUAUACAUACAUAAUGAACAAUAGGGAGGAGGGAAGGUUAGAAACACUCAGUCCAAUCAUUUUGCACAAGUCUGAGUGUUCAAUUUAGUUGCACUGAAUUAACCAACAUUUCCACUUGGCCAAAAACAGAACAGAAUCUAGUAAUACUCAUGAUUUGAGAAUUUAUGCCUGCUGAAAAUAGCCAUGAGGUAUUGUUAUUGUAUUGGCAAUACAAUAAAGGUAUCAGAAAGCAGAACAACUUGUUUGCACAGUACGCACAGCUGUACUGAGUGUUAAGUGCAAUGAUGCAAAUAUCUUGUACUUUGAUACUCAGUUUGGAGCAUAUUUAACAAAAAAGCAAACAACUAAAAAAUCCUGUGAUGUCAUUAAAUGUCAUUACUUGUUACUGGUUCUGUUUAUCCUGCCUAAAUGAAACCUGCUUUUGUUAAACAUUUCCUCCCACUAUGACCAGUCCUUCAAAACAACAGUGUCCUUUUUAUUUAAAAGCAAGCACUAUUUUUCAUCAACUUCAUGAGCAUUUUAUUGAAACUUUCUUCUUGGUAAAUUGUAAUUCGUUGUUUAAAUGAGUUUAUGGAUCAAGACAAGUAAAGCCUCUAUCAUGUAACCAAGUAACAUUCACCCUUUUAAAAUAUGUGCUUUAAAAAGAAAAGCAAUUAAUUUGCCUCAACAGUUAAUAUAUUCAGUAAUGUCCUGUUCCUUUUUAUUAAUUAUUGACUUGUACAUAUCCAUAGAUGUAGUUUGAAGUAAAACCAUGUUUAAAUAUUGCAUUGCAGAAGUUGUACAAAAGCAUUGCUUGAUUAACUCAAAAAUAACUAAAGCAGCAGCCCCGGUGAUUUAAGAGAGCAAAGAGAGUUUUUCGUACAUAUUUUUGAAAGGUAUGUGUAUGGUUUUAUUAUGAAUCCUGAACCUAAUUGUCGUCAGUGACUGAUGUGGCAGGAUUAUAUUAAAAAAAAAGCUAUUAUUUGUUCCAUAUGCCAUCCCCAAAGGACACUAUGGUAUUGCACAAACAUAUUUUCCCUUUUGUUGUAUUUUUGUUUUCGCGUUGUGUGUUUGAUCUAAAAUUCUUAGUUGGGAUAACGGUGCUAAUAAUCGGUAGUUUCCUCCCACGAGAAGGAAAAAUUUGAGGUUUAUUGUCGAGGUUGAUAUUUAAGGUAACCAAAUUUUGGGCCUUGUAGCAAAAGAAUCUUGAUUCACACCAGGAAGAGUUGUAAAAAGGACAAUUACAUCUGCAUUCUGAGAGGUUUUUGGAUUGUAUGUUCAAAAUGUAUGGCCAUGAUUCCCUAGCAGCUUGCUUGUCUCCGUAUCAGAAAGUUGAUGUUUGAAGCCACUUUAAGGGAUGAGCAUAUUACUUCAGUUGUUGCAGGAACUGCUUUUUUAGAUUGUGUUAUCCUUUUUUUAAGGUGGUAGAUUGUCAUCCCCUCAGCUCUAAAAGGUUUGAAGAAGACAAGAGGUCUGGAGUUCUGGCCUUUAAAACUUAAAUAACUGAACUGUACUUUAUUAAUUUCAGUGCCAUUUAUAAGAGUCUCCUCUACAGAUAGUACUGUGCACAAUUUCCUUCAAUCACCACUUUCUUAUCAGAAUGCAAGUUGCAACUGGGGCCAAAAGGACAAAAUUUGGCUUGUGCUUUCUAUACCUAACAAUUUGACAAUAUUUCAAUCAUUUAAUGUUGAUCUUUUUUGAUACAGAGAAUUAAUUAUACACAACACUAAACUCAGGCCACCAUCUCACACCAUCUUAAGUGGGGCAGAGCAGGCCAAAUAAUGGCAGUGAACAAACCACACCAACUCUUGCUAGCACAAUUGAGCACCCCAUUAAUUAACAUCUGCCAUGGUAGAAACUAAUUGUGGUUUGUUGUGCUCAAACUAAAUUUCAGCACUUGCUCUUUUUAUGAACAAUAAAUGAAAAUGUUGCAGUGAAUUAAAUGCCUUCAUGGUUGAGGUUUUGGCAACACUGCAGUUUUGUCUUGCUUUUAUACUGUAAUUUGCUGAAAAUUAUAGUGGGCAAUUUGCCUGACUUCCAAACAAGCUGACUCUUUCUAUAUGCAUCAAACCUGGGACUUAAGCUUGUCUGGCUAUUUAAUUUUUACCCUGUUGUAACAAAAGUGUUAAAACAAUUAACACACAAAUACAACAAAUUUAACUAGGGAGAGAAAACUAUUAUGUUCACUUUCAUGUCUAUUCAUUUCUUAUCCUAUUUCUGUCCAUAGGAUAAGAAGUGGAUAGACAUGAAAGUGAACAUAAUAGUAUGCAAUUAAGUUUAUUUUUAUUCAAAGUGCAAACAGUAGUGCCCCACAACUUAAUUCCAUGCACAAAGUUUUCAAGCAUUCCUCAUUUAACACUCUCCCUAGCAUGGCUCAGACCUCAUUUCCUUUGAUAACAGGCACAAUUAUGAUUCCUGGGCACCCCUCUUAAAUCUGGCUCAUUAAUUGGAUGGGUUUAGUUGGUGUGUCACAUUGUGGUAUUAUGCCAUUUGGGAACAGAAUGGGAAACAGCUGUGUGAACCAAAUUUGCUUCAUUUGAAUUGCAUUUCCUGUUAAAACAUUCUGAAAAGCAUUUCACAGGGUGAAGCAGAAGGAAUGCAUUAAGGAGAAACAUUAAACUACGUUUGCAUUAUUAAAAGAGAAAUGUAUUAAAUUACAUGUGCAUGUAUUUGUUACAAUGGUUAAGGGGAUGGUUGUAGAGUAUGGAGUUAAGCAGAAAUUUCAGAUUGAUUCAAAGUGCUGUGAGUGUUCAGUUGAGUGUAUUAGAGCUAAAGUGAAUAGAUUUUUGCAGACAAAAGGGAACCAGAGAUAGGGAGAUCAGGUAUGAAAGUGGACAUGGUGCAGUAUCAGCUGUGGUCUUAUUGAACAGCAAAGUAGACUUGAGCUUUGUGUUCUAUUCCUGUUUCAUAAUGUUGCACAUUGCGUAAUGCAGCCCAUUAAAGUUGACCAGAAUUUGCCUCUAUAUCCUUUUUGCUUCAUUAAGAAAAUAUGAAGGAACUUGCCAUUAAUAAAAUCUAAAGGAACUUAUCUGGCCAUUGUAUCAAUGGACACAUCAACUAAUUUAUAACCAGGCCUUAAAUUGUCAGUUUGUACUGUCUGGUAACACACAAUGUUAUCUGCACCAAUGUUUCCCCAUAAGAUUCAGAGAUUUUUGGAGAGCAUUUUUAAAUUCUCACAUGGAAUAUAGAAGUCUGUUUACUUGCUUUUAUCAAGAGCUUUGAAUUUGCUUAAUAUGUUAAUUUACUCAGGCAAAUUGUAAUAUCCAACAGCGAAAUUGUACAUCAUUUUAUCCGAAGUGCUUUUCUCUUUCUAAUACUGAACAAGCUAACUUAAUUGGCAAUGAGCUUAGUUAGUCGACAAACAAACGUGACGGUAUUCAAGUGUUCAGGUUUUUGCAUAUGAACAGACGACCAAGUGUACCAAAUAUACAUUUGUGAAUGUGUUUACUCUUAAUUUUGGAUUGCAUCUGAGAGAAAACCACUCACUUGUACAUAAUAAUUGUAAACUAUGAAGUCCUGUAUAGUUAGUAGUCAUACCAUUGGUGGGUCAUCCUCCCCUGUGCUAGAGAUGUACUAAAUUUGCUUUUAUUUUUUGGCCAAAGUUUCAGAUGAUAAAUCUGAGCUCAGAGGCCUUCACCGUAUCAAAAUAGCAUAUGAAGCACAUACACAUUUAAAAUGUGUGUAUGGACACUAAUAAUGUAACACAUUUUACAGUGUCUGCACUGAAGGCCUGCAGGUAAAACACUUAAUCUUUCAAUAUACAGAAUUAUAUAUCCUACUACUUUGAAUCCAGAUGCAAAUAUUUUAUUGAGUAGCAGCUGGGGAACUGCAUGAAAAUCUGGAUUAUCAUUGUAUUCUAAUGGAGACACAGAGAUUCUGCAGAUGCUGGAAUUUGGAGCAACACAUGAAGUGCUGGACCUGCUGAGUUCCUCCAGCACUUUGUGUGUGUGUGUUGAUUGUGUUCUAAUUAUGGUUUUUGGCUAAUUGAACUAAUUCAUCCAGCUGUUGCUUUAAAGAACAUGGCCUGUUUCAACAUUUCUUUUUGAAUUAGAGAAGAAUAGAAAUACUAUUCAUGACAGUCCUCUGGAAUCAUUUGAAUGGAGCAUUUUUAUUUUAAAUAUUUGUGAAUAAUAUUAACUUGUACUCUUGUUAAGACUUUUUGCCUCGUAAAACAAAUGGGGAACCAAUGGCAAAAGAGAAAAUGAUUAAAAUGUUUAUCUUAUCAGUAAAAAUGGUUUGAAAUUGAUUAUAAUGGAAUUUUAUUGCAUUGCUGAAUUUAAUAACAAAGGAUCCAGUUUUAAGGUCUUCCUGAGUAACAACUACACAUACUACGCUGUUAAUUUGUCCCCAAGUCCUAUAGGCUACACUGCAAAGAUAAAACUGCAACAGAGAAAGAAACAUCCUCUGGAACUGGCUUAAACGUUUGGAGAAAUAAAAGAAAAACAGGAAAUCUACACCAAAGGACUUAUCCAAAUUAACAAUGAAUCUGAAUUUGUCUGCUAUACUUAGAUGGAGCUAUUGUGGCUGAAAAAUUAAUACCCAGCCCUUUGAUUAGUUUUUGUAGACUGUAAAGUAUUGUUUAUGUCAGACAGCUAAUUUUUUAGUGAACAACGUUUGGUGUUCAAAACAAUUGUAAUUACAAUUUGAUGAAUUUGCCUCCAGCAAGGUAAAUAAAAAAGGGCUUUCAUUUUCA